AUGGCUGCCGUCCCCAAGAGUGAUGCCAUCGUCAGCGCAGAUUCCCGCACCACCGAGGAUUGCCUUUUCCUCGACGUCAUUACACCUCAGGCGGGGUUUGCCAAGAAAGACGAUCGCUUGCCGGUCUUGAUCUAUGUCUAUGGCGGUGGCUACUCGAGCGGCGACAAGACAGGUGACGGUGACUUCAACCCCGCUGAACUUCUGAGAAUAAGUAACUCGGGCUUCGUCUACGUGUCCAUCAACUACCGACUCGGCGCCCUUGGUUGGCUUGCAGGCAAGGAGGUCUCUGCCAAUGGGACCCUGAAUGCAGGGCUCUAUGACCAACGACUGGCUUUUGAAUGGGUCCAACAGCACAUCCACCUCUUUGGUGGUGACAAGCACAGAGUGACUGUCAUGGGAGGUUCAGCAGGUGCCGGGUCAAUCAUGCAUCACCUGACAGCCUUCGGUGGUCGCAAGAACGAGUCUCUCUUCAGCCAAGCCAUCCUUCUCUCACCCGCAUUCCUCCCUUCGCCGACGAUGGUCAGCGCCGAACGAGCUUUCAACAACUUCCUCGCCCUCUUGAACGUCACAUCUCUCAGUGAAGCCCGCAAAUUGCCCAGCGAAGCUCUCAUCGCCGCGAACGCCUUUCAGAUCUACAGCGAGGCAUCGUAUGGAAGCAAUAUUCAUGGACCCGUCGUAGACGGCACUCUCGCUCCUGCUCUGCCUGGUCAACUACUUCUAAACGGGACAUUCAACAAGGACAUUCGGAUCAUGACGAUGCAUAACACUUUAGAAGGUCUUACCUUCACCAACCCAACGAUCAACUCGUCCGCUGACUACCUCACCACGGUCACGUCAUCUUUCCCAACGAUCUCCAAGGACGCGCUAAAGUUCAUCAACACAACCCUCUAUCCUCCCGUAUUUGAUGGAUCUUUGGGGUACAAAGACGAAUUUCAGCGGGCCCUGGGCACAGUUGAGGACGUCAACAUCAUUUGCAACACCCACUACAUUGCCCAGGCGUUCAGUGAUAAGGCUUAUGCACUGCGGUUUGCAGUCCCUCCUGGAAUUCAUGGCCAGCAGACACCUUACGUCUUCCGGAACGGUGCAACAAGCGGCGUCGUCCCGUCAGUAGCUGACGUUCUCCAGCAGUACAUCGUCAGCUUCGUCACCAAGUCGGUACCAACUUCGUCGAACGGCACUGAGAUGCCGGUGUACGGUUCAGAAUCCGUGUUGGCCAAUCUUGCAACCAAUGGCACCUCUCUGCAAAAGGAUGACACAGCAAACCAGAGGUGCACAUGGUGGCAAAAGGGGCUGUUCGCCUAA